CUAAAGGUAGUGAAGUGAGCCGAGGAGAGGAAGCAUCCUGUUCACCAAUCCGAUCUUCUUUCAGAAGCUGGUAGAGAAUAGGCUGUGAUGCCAGAGGAGAGAGAAUUUCUUUUGUUGAAGAAGCUUAAAAAUAAGCUCUUGCUCAUGAAUCCCUUUCCGGUGCAGAUGAAUAAAUUUGCUGUUUAGCUUGGGACUAGGGCUUGUGAUCCUUAUCUUAACAGUAGAACAAAAAUAACAAAGGAGCUCUCCUAUCCUAAGCAAGCAGCGGAGUCGUAGACCAUUGCUUUAAUGAAAGACGGGAUGGGUUCCUUCUGAUCCUAAGCUGUGAACUCAUGGUCAAAUUCCGAGGUGGGCUUUCCCUUCUCUAUGGUAGCAUGGUCUUCUCCUAGGGUUUCUCUUGGUGGAGGAAGGGCUACUGGAAGCCUAGAAGGAAAAGAAGUCUGGGCUGGGGAACGAAGUGACUUACGGGAUUAAAUAAAGCGAGGGAAAGAAGAAAUGCUCUCUUGCUUGCCCGGCAAAGGGAUAUCAAGAUUCACGUGCGAAGGGACGAGCGAAAGGCUUCCUAGUAAGCCUUGGUUCCUGGUAUAAGAAAGAAAGUAGAGCUAGGCUUCUGUGAGUGAACGAGAUGAGGAUCGAGGCAGUUCCCCCAGGGUAGGUGCUUUCUUCGCGAGUAUGUCUGUUGAUGGCGCUGUGUCCUAUCUGCUCAAGGAAAGCUGUCCAACUGAAUGUGUAACGCAUCAGCGGCAUUUGCUACAUAAUCCGCAUCUGUUGUCAGAAUUGCUACUAUAAGGGAGAAAGGAGUUAAAGUCUGCUUAAUAUUCUAAGAAAAUGAUAAAAUGAACUUCUUGCUAAGAAGAAGAUUAUGUUCUAAGAUCGGGAUUCCUAUUAGAUUAGAUUUAGAUAGAAGUAUUAAAAUCAGGCUCAGGACAUAAGGAUUAGUGGGCAAUUGCCUUAUUUUUUUAUAAAGGAGGAGAGGAAUAGCUCAUUAGAUCCAUGCCACUUCGAACUCCAAGUCUUAAGCGGCAUCUACCUUGCCUUGCUCUGUAGCCGAAAUAGAUAGAUUCAAAGGGCGAAGGAAAGAGAGUUCUUUGAGUGACAGAGAUUCCGAUUCAACUUCUCCCACGGGGAAAGAAAGCCGAUAUAGUGAAGCUAGCCUAUUAGGCGCUGUGUAAGAGCUCUAUGCUAUCUAUGGAAUAGUGGUCAGUACUGCUUGAAAGUUUGAACCAAGUCUUGGAUUCGGAAGAAAAGUAGGCGUAGAGGAUAUUGGGAAAGAUCCCAAAUCUGGUUAACUGCUUUAGGAGUGCCGGCUCCAGGCUAGAGAAAAGAUAGGCUAUGAAGCUGUGGAGUUUAUAGCGAAAGUUUUCUUUUUAGUCACCGAUGGCUAAGAUCCUUCCCUCACUUGUGAAGCCACAUAUCAUAAAUGAAAAUCUUUUUAGUGUGCCAUGAGUGAGGAUAUCGAGAUUGGGUUGGUGUUCAGUAUACUUAAUACAAGAUCGAAAAGAAUGCAUUGGAAGGUCAACUCGAGCUACUUUGGUCAGUGCAAUAGGAAGGAACUUUCUAAGGUCAAUGCGAAUAGAAGUUUACUAUGGUCAGUGCACAGUGUAAGAAAAAAGUGCUUAGUUUCGUUGGAAAAACCAACGCUCAUAUUUACUUUCUCUCGCCCUACUUCUAAAGAUAGAUAGAAAAGGUUGGAGAGAAUGACUUUCUUUUAUAAAAUUCUCUCCUUUCUAAAGCUGCGCAAGGCGGCAGUUACCCAGAACGCUAAAAAAGGUGAAGGGGGGGUUUACAUACAACCGAGUUUUUUAGUGGUUUAUGAUUGAAUCUCAAAGGCAUUCUUAUCAUUUGGUAGAUCCAAGUCCAUGGCCUAUUUCGGGUUCACUCGGAGCUUUGGCAACCACCGUAGGAGGUGUGAUGUACAUGCACUCAUUUCAAGGGGGUGCAACACUUCUCAGUUUGGGCCUUCUAUUUAUCCUAUAUACCAUGUUUGUAUGGUGGCGCGAUGUUCUGCGUGAAUCCACGUUUGAAGGACAUCAUACCAAAGUAGUACAAUUAGGACUUCGAUAUGGUUUUAUUCUGUUUAUCGUAUCGGAGGUUAUGUUCUUUUUUGCUUUUUUUUGGGCUUCUUCUCAUUCUUCUUUGGCACCUACGGUAGAGAUCGGAGGUAUUUGGCCUCCAAAAGGGAUUUGGGUUUUAGAUCCUUGGGAAAUCCCUUUUCUUAAUACCCUUAUUCUCCUUUCAUCCGGAGCAGCCGUAACUUGGGCUCAUCAUGCUAUACUCGCGGGGAAAGAAAAACGAGCAGUUUACGCUUUAGUAACUACCGUUUUACUGGCUCUAGUAUUCACUGGCUUUCAAGGAAUGGAAUAUUUUCAAGCACCUUUCACUAUUUCGGAUAGUAUUUAUGGUUCUACCUUUUUCUUAGCAACUGGCUUUCAUGGUUUUCAUGUUCUUAUAGGUACUCUUUUCUUGAUCAUAUGUGGUAUUCGCCAAUAUCUUGGUCAUCUGACCAAGGAGCAUCACGUUGGCUUUGAAGCAGCUGCAUGGUACUGGCAUUUUGUAGAUGUGGUUCGGUUAUUCCUAUUUGUCUCUAUUUAUUGGUGGGGAGGUAUAUGAAGGAACGAAUCAGUGGAUUGAGGAAUUCAAGCUCGAAGACAAAGAGAACCGGGCUUUUCCAAAGAAUGACUGCAGCUUUCCCACUCCCAUUAUUUUUCAUAUACAAAAAAGUUUCUUCCACUUUCCUACCAAAUCUCUCUGUAUUC